UUAAGGGUCUUGGUCAACGUGCUUGCAGUCCUCAAGGUGUCAGCUUGCCUUCCUGUGGUCAGCAUGUGUGACAAACUGGACCUGUCUGAGGUGGAGAAGUUUAACAAAAAGAAGCUGAAGAAAACCAACACGGAAGAGAAGAACAUGCUUCCUUCCAAGGAGACCAUUGAACAGGAGAAGGAAUGUGGGAAGACAUCAUAGAGAUGGCCCUUGAUGGGAAGUGCCCAUUCUCUUUUCCUUACUCCUGUUUGCAUUGAUUUUUUUUAAACAAUGUAUAUUGUACUAAAUGCUGCAGUUCU